AUGUUAAAUAUAUGGGAAAUAACAACAUUUUUACAGAUGUCCUCAGUAUUGGUUGGCAGCAUAGAUGCAGCUGCAAAUGCAGCCCAAGCUGCUUCGCUUAUAAGUAACAGUAAAUAUCGGGCGUAUGUUGCUGCAGUCGAUAAAGCAUUGAAAGCUUUUGAAGCUACUAAUGAGUGGGCUGAUCUGAUCUCAGCACUCGCGAAACUUAGCCGAGUGUUUCAUGCAAAUUCAAAGUUCUGUGAUAUUCCUAAACCAGUUACUGUAGCAAAACGUCUUUCUCAGUGCUUACAUCCAGCCUUACCCCACGGUGUACAUCUUAAAGCUUUGGAAACAUAUCGACAGUUGUUCGAUAUUCUUGGUCGGAAAGACCUUCCACGUUUGUUGUAUCUUUUUGCCGUUGGAUUAUUCCCUUUGAUGGAUCACUGUGGAAUAAAGGUGAAAUUGGAAUUGCUGAAUAUUUUUGAGCAAUAUCUCCUGCCAUUAGGUGUAGAGCUAAAACCUGCGCUUCCAGGUUUUAUUACUGGUGUUUUACUGGGCUUAGAAGAAGGAACAGAAUUCUACGAUAGAUCAUUUUGUCUCUUGGAUCAAGUGCAGGAUAGUGUCGGUUCAGAAGUAUACUUUGCAUGUCUUUGGGAAGCAGUGCUUGGGUCACCAUCUGUACGUCUUCCAGCAUUAACAUAUGUAAAUGCCAAGUUUAAUCGCCGAAAAAGUAUGCAUGAUCAAGAGUACAUUAUGGGGAAUAACAUCGAUCAUAUGAUUGCGGCCCUUUGUGCAGCAGCAGAUGAUGAUGGUUCGACUUUAGUUCAGCGUCAUUUAUUAGAUUUUUUGUGUUCAGCUUUUCCGCUUAAUUCUGAUCAUCUCGUGAGGGAGGACUUUGUUCAGCUCCUAAGACGUUGCCUUUUUUUGGUGCUUCGACGAGACAUGAGCUUGAAUAGACGUUUAUAUCAGUGGCUCUUAAAUCGUGUUGGUGAUUCUGCAGUUGCUGGUUUGCCUAUUGCUGGAGUGGAUGAACAGCUUGACACUACUUUUUUCACCACUUAUGCCUUGCCGAUCGCAAAAAAAGCAGUCGAGGAGUAUUUAAAAUUGGAUACAGUUGAAGUCACAAGUGGUAAUGCCUCAUGGGAUGGCACGAAGGAACAUCAAAUUCAGUAUACAGAAGUACGCGUUGCGCGUUUACUGUUGUAUUUCAUGGACCGUCCUGAAUUGGGUUCUCUUAUACUUGAAGAAACGCUUUUAAUUUUACUUGAGGCAGCUUCUGAAUAUGAUAAACGAUUGGAAUCAUUUUUAGUAGAGGAAGAAAAGAAAUUGGGUAGAAUAAAAAAAGUUUCGAGUCAAAGGGAAACAAACCAUGAACAGAAUCGCCGCACAAGCGUCACCAGUAAAUGCUCUGUUGUGUCACGACAGUCACGAUUUAGUGCGAUUUCAGCAUUUGGGGACAAUACAGCUGAGCAGUCUUUCCGGUUGGAAGAAUUCCGGAAAACGAUAAAUUUACUGAUGAAUUCGUUAGACGUCGGAUUCAUUUGGGACUUUUUAGAACGAAAGUUGAAAUUAUUAAUGCAGCAGAAAUCAAAAGAACAAAGUGGCAUGGAUCCAAAUUUGUUAACAAAUGAAUUAAAAAUGUUGGAAGAAGAAGAGGAAAGGCGAACAGUUCGAGAAUUAACAAAUUUUCCAAAGGUAACAUUGUUUUGCCUUACUACAAUAGAGUUGGAUUCCCAUGGUGAUAUUCGAGAGCGGUAUUUACCGCAGUUGCUAUCAUCAAUCCUUACUGUAGUGGCUGAAAGAAAUGUUGCUUCACUUGAUCACCAGUUACUUGUGCGACUUCUUAUUGUCGCAAAAGCAAUUUUGAGUGAAGUAAAUCAAAGUGCUGUUGUUAUGGAAGCUGGAGUUGAGAUUGCAGUUGUGACACGGAAACGCGGUGAAGUACACGAAAUCGUACGUUGUGAAGAACUCGGUCCUACAGAAAAGCCAUCUGUUGAAGGAGGUGCCAUUAAAGAACAGUGGAGAGUAGAAAAGUGUUUGAGUGGUUGUCAAAGAAUUCUGGCACAGAUUUGUGACUGGUAUUGCAAAGAACGAAGUGUCGGACGUCUACAGGCAUUUCAUGCAGUUUCAGCUUUGAUUCAAGAAUUCGCAGAUUUCCCAUUGUAUGAUAUGGGAAUUCACGAACUCAAGGGUAAAUUGUUACCUGUUUUUCAGAUUUACUUUGCACAUCUAGAAAUAAAACAUCGAAAGCGGCAUGUUUGGAAUAACUAUCCAGUUUGGUUGAAUUCUUUGUUAAAUAUACUUUCACUGGACGAAUGGGAUGCUUCCAUAAAAUAUGAAGGUAAAGAUUGUUAUGUUUUAUUUUAUUUUGGGUUAAACUCUUGUCAUUGCACUGCAAAAUCGGAAGUAACAGAUUUGUAUGCUCGUGCGGAUGCUUUGGAUCUGGUGAUGUAUGUUUAUGUCAGAAGCAUUUCUGUAGCUGAACAACAUGCAGCAGUGUCACGGCGUCAAAAAAACCUAGAAAUUUUUAAUGCUUCGAAAAAGUAUGAAAAUGAAUGUGGUCAGAAACGGGAUUUUGGAAAUUUCAGUGAUUUGAAGAAAACGACCACAAUUUUAUUAAAGCCUUUAAUUUCUCAAAGUGAUUUGCAACAUUUGGAUAAUGAUGGCAUUUUCAAGAAAGCUGCUGCAAUUUUGUGGUCAUAUCUUGAUGAUAAUAAUAAAGCAUGUUAUUACUCAACAAUUAGUAGAUUGCUCAAUUUACUUCAUUCUCGGAAACCAUCUGAUCCUAGUAGUGAUGUUGAAGAUUUGAUUGUUGGAAAUUUGACAAGCAUAAAUCGAAAUUUGAGUUGUUCUGCUGCUAAAAAGUUUCGAACCUUGUGGAUGUUAAAUCGGCCUUCUUCAGCUGAGGAACUUUGCCUUGGUUUAUCACCUAAACCAUUCAACAGAGUUGUCAUGCUUUUGCUCAGUUUCCUGUCAGAUGAUGCAGUAGGCUACGACAAACUAGAACUACGUAACAUUUCGGCCUCCUGGUUUAGUGAUUGUGCACAGCAUUCAGAUUUACCUCAUAUCUUACAAAUGUGGGCUACCAUGCUUCUAAACCCGAGUGUUUCUCGCGUUUCCAUUCAGUACCUAAAUAUGCAAAGCAGAAUGAAUAAAGAAAAACUUUCUUCUAUGCCAUCUGGAAUAUGUUCUAUAACAUUGUUGACGGAAAGCGGGCAUCAAUCUUUACAUCAUUUAUGUGAGGAUGUUUCGGUUGCAGUUUCCAGUGAAGCGAAGCGGCACUUAUAUGAAAUUUCUGUGGCAUUCGAGCGGUUAAGGAGUGGAGAAUAUCCAUUAUGGUUGACAGAAUUACGGAAUCGUUUAUUACAAGAAGGAAAUGAAAACAGUGCAACAGUUGAUUUAAAUGUUUCAAGUUCUGUACAGAAAACUCAUCGCAGAACUGUUUCUGAUAUACCAAUUUUCGAUGAUGAUGAUAAUGAUUCUGUUGAAACUGCAUCAUUGGAUUCUUUAAACCAUGAUGUGAUAGAAGUUCUGCAGUAUAUCCUUGAUUGCAUUUGUGCACAAGAAGAAAGUGAAAUCGAAGCACAAGCAUGUUUUGCUGGUGAACGGUUAUGUUCUCAUAUUCAUACCACUCUAGUCAGUGAUACAAGCGGUAUUAAGAGUGAUACGAGUGAAAACGAGUUAUCUAGCUCAACCAUGGAGGUACCUGAAGAAAGGACUAAGGAGUCACAGUCAAAUCCUAUAGUUUCAUUAUGGAAAUCUCCUGAAAAUGGUUUGUUGGUUUCUGAAACCACGAAGCGUUUCAGAGGCCAUAGAAGACAAGACUCGUUACAAGAAAGCAUAUUUACGAUGUCAGCACAAGAGCUCAAAUUAUUUGACACAUCAGAAUUGCCUCGAUUAGAAGCAACUGGUGAUGAGGUGCAACCUUUAUGUCAUGAAUUACAUGCACAUAUGUUGUUAUAUACAGAAAGUGGGCAAACUGUUGAUUUAGCGCGUUCUGAAAAAGUAUUUCGAAUGUUAAUUGCUUUGAUGCGUACAAGAUUUGGUUUCCUAACCCCUAGGCUUUUUAUCAGAUGCAUGGUCUCAUGUGGAACUGCUUCCCUUCCUAAAUCAUCGUCUAAUUCAUCUGGACAAGUAAUUGAUUUAUUAUCUCGUCACAUUCGUUCCAUACUGGGGCAAGAUUUCUGGGCUCCUGAAUCGGAUUGUACAAGCGGAACGGAUUCACUUAAAUACAAAAAUUAUAAUUUUCUCGAACUUUUCAUGACAAUUUCGUUACAUUUCCUCCGCUCUUACUUCGUGAAUUCUCCCAUUUCUGCUGUUUCCAUUUUCGAUUUGCGCAGUAGCUGGAAGUGUAAGGUUUGUCUUUCGGCAUAUUUGGAAAUUACAAGUGCUGUGUAUGUAGAUUGCAAGACUUUGGAAAUCGGACCAGCUAUUUAUCGAAAAUAUAUUUAUUCCGAAACUAGUUUUCAGAUAGCCGUAUUAGAUUUUCUCACAGAAUUGAUGUUGGGAUUGAAUGCUAUGAUUCAGGAGAACCAAUCGCGAGGUUUGGUUGCUUAUAUCCAUGGUAUUUUGCAGCGUUCCAAGCUUCAGAAAUGCUUGUUGCAUUCACUUUUAACCUCUGUUCAUAAUGUUCGACAGCACAAUAAUGCUGAAAUGUAUAUUUUUUAUUUAGUUUCUUCCAGAGUUCCAUUAUCAAUAGAUAUAUUGGAAUUCAAUGAUGGCACUACAACAUGUAAUAAGGAUUUUCAUGAUUUAUUAAUUGUUUAUCAAGACUCUUUGCUUGAUUUAACUGCUACUGUGAUACAGCUAGAACUGGUGAUAAGAAACGGGUUUCAGAACUUCACGGAUCAAAAUGUUGAUGGUAUAUAUCUUGACAACUUAUCUAUAAAUCAUCAAAUUUACAAUUCCCCGCAGCAUCGUGCGACACUUCGAGAGCCACAUGUCGGUAUAGUCGAGUUACGAAUGUUCUUGCUGACUGUUCUGAAUGCUCUCAAAAAACAUUCACCACAUCAAGAACAGUGGCUUGCCUUUAUUGUACGAAUAUUACCAUUUCUUGACAGAUCAUUAUCUACAUUUUCUGUGCAUAUUGUUGAGCAGCUAUGUAAAAAUCUUGAAACUGCUGUAAAUGCAGCUUAUUGUAAUAGAGACGAAAAAACAUUCAUUGCUCAUUCCAAUUCAAAUGUUGUCGAUCUUCGAAAUAGCUUCGAUGAUACCGAUUAUCCUACUAACUAUGUCAUUGGAGUACUGGAGACGUUGAACAUGUUUUUCUAUUACUGCCUUAUUGAUAAUACUUCUCAAAGUGGUGUUACUUCAGCAGUGUCUAAUGUUCAUCAAUCUUCGCAGAAUGUGACAGUAAAUAGUACAUCAUUGGCAUCGUCAGUAAUGAAUGCAAUACCAGGUACAAGGGGUGCUACUGAACUUAUUUCUAAUCUUGUCAAAGUAUUCUCUUUCAACGACAGUACUAACGUGCCCUCAAAUGCAGUGCUCAAUAAGCUGACUGAUCUCACAGCUGAUGGGAUCUGGAAGCAAGCACGGACGGAUAUGUUGACUGCUUUUCCUCACGCUCUAGCAACAUUGUGUGACGUUUGGACACAGUUACGAAAAGGGGAACCAAAUCUACCAAUCGGAAAUCAGGCGACUAUUCGUCGUCUGAUGCUUGAUUUACUUUCACCAAUUGCACAGCACCAUCAGCAGUCAUUUUUAUCAUCGCUUGCUUUAGUGUGGAUGACCCGAAGCUCUCCAACAUCUCAAAAACAGCUCGUUAUACGCAUGGAUGCUGACCACCAGUCAUCAUUCGUUUAUUCACAAGCACAGUUGGAUAUCGCUGAUCUUUUACUAAAUUUGAAAAUUCUUCCAUUUGAAAAUCUUAUUUCUACUGUUGCUGAAGCCUUAAAGGAAAGUACCUGGAAAAUUAUAAAGUCUGGUGCGACAUCAGAAAAGCAAAAUGCUUUUCCAACUGAGUUAGCGUUACUUGAAAUGCUACACGGCUGCGUUCGAACUAGUCCGUCAUCUGCGUUACGCAAUUGCUGGCCGUCAUUACAAGCACUUUUUACGGAAUCAUCAGUCAUAUCGCUCCCACCGAAAGCCGUUUUCAUUCAGUUUAUCAUUCUUGUGGAUUUUGUGCAGCUUGCUGGAAGUGCAGUCAUUGUCGAAGAUAAGCAAAUGUCGCGUGCUGUCCAAGAUGCUUGUCAGAAACUUACUGAAGCUAUGAACGUCAUUGUUGGUUGGCAACUCGAGCAAACUACAUGGUUGAAACGAACAUUGGUCGUCAAACACGAUUCAUCGACGCAAAAAUCGCAAGAAACAUCCCCAGUAAUUGAAUUUUCCACUGCGCCAACAUCAUUAGCUGCUUCAGAGAACAACUCUUUGCGUGGCUCUACAUCUUCUUUGGCUCCAUCAAGAAUUCCCAAUUUUGACACCGCUACGCAGCUAUCAUCUCAUGGUACUUCGAACGUAACUGCCGAUAGACGCAGUACAUCAAAUAUGCGCUCAAGUUUGAAGGAUCCAAAUAGUUCAAAACGAGAUCCUGCUCACAGUACUCAAGCUCUAGUGCUUCUUGCUGAGCAUUUGGCCGAACUUAUUGAUUCGAUAUAUAGAAGCGAAGAUAAAGAAAGAUUAUUGCCAAUGCUUCAUGCUGUUUGGAAUAACACUUUACCGUAUCUGAAAGCUAAAAAUGCUCGAAAUGCUCGGUUCUUUCUUGCAAGUUCUCAAUUAUUAGCUUCUAUGAGUACUUUUAAUUAUAUGCGACCAGUAUGGCGAAAAGCUACAUUAGAUCUUUUGCUUGAUCCAGCAUUCUUCAAAAUGGAUAUGCAGUCAUUAAAGUAUUGGUUGGUAGUUACAGAUCAUUUGAUGAUUUACGACAAAAUAUCUUUCAAAGAGCUACUUGGUCGAAUUUCAACAUCUCAAAAUUCGGCGCUUUCGAGCCUCAUAACAAGCAAGGAAGUUGAAUAUGAAAUGCGUGCUCAAGCACUAAAGAGAUUAGCUUUUAUAGUUUUAAGCUCGGAGCUUGGUCAAUAUCAAGCUCAGUUGCCUGAUAUACAAGAACGUCUCUCUGAUAAUUUACGAUUAUCGCAAGUUCCAAUUGUUCACGCUCAAGUUUUCUUGUGUUAUCGAGUUUUACUUAUCAGACAAAAACCACAACAUUUAGUCAGUAUGUGGCCUUCAAUGGUAACAGAACUGGUUCAUGUUUUAUUGCAAAUUGAACAACAGUUAUCGGGCACAACUAAUGUUUCGGAUGAUCUCAAAUGUGAUCGCAGUGACCAGUGGAUGCAGCUUUAUCUUGCAGCAUGUAAAUUACUGGAAACAUUAUGUACACUUCCUGCUGGUUAUAUGGCACAAUUUCAAAUGUGCCAUUGGGCAUUUGUGAAUUCGGUCGCAGUCAGUAAAACUGAUUCAUUUGUACCAUUUGCUAGUCGAAUCGAUUAUUUGCUUCGUAAUAAAUAUGGUCAGCUGUCAGCUCAUGAUCGGAAGCUAAUGUCUGCAUCACUGGUCAAUGUGAAAACACUUACAAGCUUCAGUGAGUUACGGCCGUUUUUUCUGGCCCUUGCCACACAAAAUGAAAUGCGUACUUUAUUACCACAAUCUUCUUUUGAUAAGAUUGAUCUAUUAAGAGAUGCUCAUUUUCUAAAUGGCUCAUUGUCUUACAAAGCUGCGAUUAAUCGUCUUGAGUACGCUCUAUAUGUAGAUUUUGCAGAACAUUGGCAGUUAUAA